AGGGCGCGACACCCGGAAGUGGCGGCUGGAGCGGGAGCGCUGAGUUGUCGGGCGGCGGGACAGCGGCCCCGAAUAGGGGGCGGGGGCGUUGGUCAUGUUUCCCUUCGGGCCCCACAGCCCGGGCGGGGAUGGGGCGGCUGGAGCUGAGGAGCCGCCGCCUCUCGGAGGGCCGGCGGCAGCUUCCAGACCGCCCUCUCCAGCUCCGCGGCCGGCGUCUCCACAGCGAGGAGCUGACGCGGCCUCUCCCCCGCCGGCCGCCGGGAGCUCUCGCCUCCCGGGCGGCCCCGCAGUGUCCCCGGCCGAGCGCGCCGGAGAGCUCGCGGCUCCCGGAGCUCUGGAGUUGUCCGCCGGCGCGGCGCAGGCCGAGCUGUCACCCUCCUCCUCGCCGCGCAGACGCUCGAGGCCAGACUGUAGGGCUGGCAGUCGGAGCCGGCAGGGCCUCAGCGCCGGCCUGGGCGGCCCCGGUGCCAGACUGUUCGGGUGGCUGAGAGAGCGAAGCCUCGGUCGCGGGCUGUUCGUGGACCCGGCUCGGGACAAUUUCCGCACGAUGACUAACCUGUAUGGUUCCAUCCAUCCCGCAGACUCGGUGUACCUCAGCACCCGCACCCACGGUGCUGUCUUCAACCUCGAGUACUCGCCGGACGGGUCGGUGCUGACAGUUGCUUGUGAACAAACUGAAGUUCUGCUCUUUGACCCUAUCUCUUCAAAGCACAUAAAAACCCUUUCUGAAGCACAUGAAGACUGUGUGAAUAAUAUCAGAUUUCUUGAUAACCGGCUCUUUGCUACCUGCUCUGAUGAUACCACAAUAGCACUAUGGGAUCUGAGGAAAUUGAACACCAAAGUAUGCACUUUACAUGGUCACACUAGCUGGGUGAAGAACAUCGAAUAUGAUACUAAUACAAGACUCUUAGUAACAUCAGGAUUUGAUGGAAAUGUCAUUAUUUGGGACACUAACAGGUGCACAGAAGAUGGGUGUCCACAUAAGAAAUUCUUUCAUACACGUUUUCUCAUGCGAAUGAGAUUAACACCAGAUUGUUCCAAAAUGUUGAUCUCAACAUCCUCUGGAUAUCUCUUGAUUUUGCAUGAUCUGGAUUUAACUAAGUCUUUAGAAGUAGGCAGCUAUCCCAUUUUGAGAGCAAGAAGAACUACUUCAAGUUCAGAUUUGACCACUUCAAGUUCUUCUGGUUCUAGAGUUUCUGGUUCACCUUGUCAUCACAAUGAUUCAAAUUCAACUGAGAAACACAUGUCUCGAGCCUCUCAACGAGAAGGAGUUUCACCACGAAAUAGUCUUGAAGUCUUAACCCCUGAAGUUCCUGGUGAGAGAGAUCGGGGAAACUGUAUCACAUCCUUACAGCUGCAUCCCAAAGGCUGGGCCACCCUUCUUCGGUGCUCAAGCAACACUGAUGAUCAGGAGUGGACCUGUGUCUAUGAAUUCCAAGAAGGAGCUCCAGUGCGACCUGUCUCCCCUCGCUGUUCCCUGCGGUUGACUCAUUACAUUGAAGAAGCGAAUGUAGGCAGGGGCUACAUCAAAGAACUUUGUUUCAGCCCUGAUGGACGAAUGAUUUCUUCCCCACACGGCUACGGGAUUCGCUUGUUGGGAUUUGACAAACAGUGCAGUGAGCUUGUUGACUGUUUACCCAAAGAAGCCAGUCCCCUGCGGGUGAUUCGUUCUCUGUACUCUCACAAUGACGUGGUUCUGACAACAAAGUUCUCUCCUACACACUGUCAGAUCGCCUCAGGGUGCCUUAGUGGACGGGUCUCUUUGUAUCAGCCAAAGUUUUAGGCACAACUUACAUCAAAUGAGGAACUCUUCUGGUGUUUGGCUUAUAAAUUACUUCAAUUUAGGUGAAGUAUUUUCUUUUUUAGAAGAUCUUAUAAGUUUGGAUCAAGAUCUUGGUUCUUAUGGGUCAAUGAACAUAUAUAUGUGUGACCCGAGUACUUGGCCUUCCAGUGUCAUCUGGGCAUCUCCAUUUCAACCACGCAGCCCUAUUCUGUCAGCAUUCCUUUGCUCCUGUCUGUGCCACUGAGCUUGGGUUUUCCUGGUCAUUUUGCAUGUGGUUCUUGUUCUCCCCAUCCCUGUCUCCACUGUUCCUCCCUGCCUUCUUCCUCUUUUUUGAUUUUGGUAUGAAUUUUAUGGACACUUGGCAGGAGCCUUGGUUGGGAUGAGAAAACCCAUGGCACUAGUAUUAAAUAAAACCCAGAAGUUGGAUGUUGGCACACUGGUUAUUGACAAAAUUCAUCUUCAUUUAUCAAUAUUCUUGGCCUUUAAAAUUGUUGUCAAAUAUUGAGCACAGUAAUGACAUUAUUCUCAAAACUGUUAGAAACUCUUGCAACAAGAUAUCUUUUUAAAGUUUCCUGUUAAAAUUAUACACUUUAUAUCUCAUGUGAGAUUUUGUUGUGAAAUUCUAGAAAAAUAUUACAACUUCUCUUUGUAAUUUAUUUUAUUUGUAUGAAUUUAAAAUCUCCAGCAUGUGUCUUUUCUUGGUAUUUUGUUCCGGUCAGCAGCAUUGGAGAGGAAAGGAGAAGUCCUAAGCUUGGUCAUUUCUGUUGUACAGAAGACUUAUUCAUUAGGUUGGUGCAGUAUCUGGCCAAAGAGUGAGGAGAUUAAUGUGACUUAGAUUGGCUAUGAUUCUUUUAAUCACACAGAUGAUGUGUUCAUAGUAAUGGAGUGGAGGAAAAUCAAGUAGAGAUUUUAUUGUGUUUGUUCCUUCAACCGGGAUGAGUUCUCAGUGUUAGAAAGAAGGGAGCUGUAGUCCUCUUUAAGCUGCUGUCAUAAACCUAGAGUCAGUGACCUGAAUGACACUGCUGUCUUGUGUUGGUUAUGGAAAGUCUGGGAGACAACGCGUAAGCACAGGCUGCUCCAAUCUUGAACGGGCAAUGUCCUGCCAGGCUCUGCUACAUUGGUUGGUUGGUUGACUGACUGACUAACUGAUUGGCACUAUGGUGAGAUAUGUUAGAAGCUGGAAUAAUUUAAGCCGUGCAGUAAUAGCCUUGUUCUCUUUGGUUACAUGCCCUUUAGGCCAUUGCUUCUCUAAUAUUAGGAUGAGGGCUGGUAAAAAGGGCAGGACUCUGGGCUGGACCUUAAGACUGAUGUAGUCAGGGAAAGGACAGGACUCUAUGUAAAUGGAACCUCAAAUCUGCAUACAGGUGGCCUCUAGGUUGUAGUUUAAAACACAACUUGAAAUGAUAUUUCUUUAUCCAUUUGGUGCUUAAUAUAAUUCCUACAAGAUGUUUCAUCUAUUUAAAUAUUAAUAAUCAAUAGUAGUAAUUUUAGAGUAGAAAAUAACUUUAAGCGAUAUCCAAUUCAUUGUUGGACAAAUGAAAGAAGUUACAUGAUUUGCCUAUGGCCAUACAAAGUUAGUGGUAAAGCCAGGGCUUCAAUUCAAGUCUCCUAAUUCCUUGCUCAGGGCAGUUUCUUCUGUAAAUGCUGGCUUUUAAAAACAUCAAUGAUUGUGGACAUUUUGUCUUUAGGUUAUAUUAUUGUAAAUAAGAUGAUAGGAUUGAAAAAGGAAGGCAUGGGAGUAGAUGCUGAGAGUUUCAUCCACAGGGAAAAAGUAUUUCAAUACUUACAGAAAUUUAGCAACCCAAAUAUAUGAAUAAACACAACAGUUCUCUCUGGUGCCCAUCAAACAGCCGUUCACACACCUGUAAGAGUUUGUGUCUCACUGAGAACAAUGUUAACUCUGGGACAGUCUCUAAGAAUCAACACUUCUUACCAUAGAUGUUGGAAAAGCUGGAAAUUUUGUAGUCAUUGAAAAAAACAACCAAGCACAAUGAAAAUCAUAGACUUGCUUGCCAUAGCUUUGAAAAAGGGGGUUUUGUUUUGUUUUGUUUUGUUUUUCCCAAAGAAGAUAGUUUGGGAGGAAAAUAUAGCAAUUAAGACCUUCACAAUUAAAAACUAUUAUGUAUAGGGAUUAAAUUGAUACUCAAAAGAAGAUUCCAUAAAUGGUACCAGUUUGUAAAGAGUUCUAUGUCAGAUGUUAUACCCACAUGUCACCUAACUCAAGCCAGGGAUCCUUGAAUCACUGUUGUUGAAUACCUACUAUGUGUUGAAGAAUGUGUCUGCUUUAAUAUACCACUGGCCCCUACAAAGACCCUUACAAGGUAGGUGGAAUGAGUGUCAAAUUAUGUUGAAAGUAGCAAUGUGUUAAAAAAUGAAGUGACUUGCCUGAAGCCACAGAUGGCAGUGGUGGCAGCACUGGAUUCAGACCGAGGUUUGCCUGUUGAUUUUAUUGCUGAGUCUAUACUUACUCCUCUACCGUUUUGCCCCUUAGUUCAUGAAGGAUGAGUUACACUGGUCUGCUAAUCUAUGUGCUUGAUAUCUUCUGCAAAUUUUUAUUACAAAGUUGGCCUCGUUCCCUUGAGUACUGCAAGAGCCAGCAAACUUAGCAGGGAUCCUUUGCCCUCCCUGAUGUGUAGUAAGGAUCAAGACAAAAUCAGAUGGUACUAGCCAAGGAAUUGAAUGGCCUUAGAAAACCUAUACUAUUGGGAAAUGUUACAUAUCUUAAGGUCCCUUUUUGUUUUUGUUUUUGGCUUAUUGAGACAGGGUUUCUUUGUAUAGACCAGGCUGGAUUCAAAUUCACAAAUGUCCACCCGCCUCUGCCUUCCAAGUGUUGGGAUUAAAGACAUGUGCCACCACAGCCUGGUCUGAGAGUCUCACUUCACUAGUCUAAAACUCUGGAUUUUUUUUUCCUGUCUUAUUUAAUCAUUUUUAUUAUAAUUGGCAGAAAUAUAUUUUAAUUGAUAAUGGAGUUAAUACUGUUGGUGAGUAAGUCAUUUUUCUAACUAAAAGCUUCCUUUGGAAGAGUCUGUUAACGGAAAUGCUAUGUUGAGUGACUUGUAGAUGUAUCAAAUAUAUAGUAGUUGCUUAUUUUCAAUCAUGAAAUGAAGAGCUAAAGUAAGAAACUUCUACUUUAAAAAAAUGUGAUCACAACUUGGGGGCCAGGGGAAGCAUAUGCCUUUAAUCCCAGAAGUGGAGAUGCAGAGGCAGGAGGAUCCUCUCUGAGUUUGAGGUCAGCCUGGUCUACAUAGUAAGGUUCUGGGCUAGCCAGAGUUAUACAGUAGACCCUGUUCAUUAAAAAAAAGAAAAAAAAAAGUCUUUUUUUCCCCCUCAGAACCCAAAGCAUAUGUAUAUUUUGUUUUUUUUUUUUCUCCUAAGAAGGCAGCAUAGCAAAAAAAUUAGGAAAACAACACAAGGAAAAUAUAAAUUUCAUAUUCUUUAGUCCUACAUCGAGGACCAAAUCAUGUCAUACAGUUUUUAAGGCUGUGUCCUCUAGAAGGUGAGAAUAAUGAAAAUACAUUAAGAAUCUUUUAGAAGGCGGGUGUUUCCUCUCAAUAGAGUAUGCAGCCAGUGUCCAUAAAUGUCUGUUAUGCUUGACUUUUAUUUUUAUUUAUUUUUUGAGACAAGAUUUCUCUGUGUAGCCUUGGCUGUCUAGGAACUCACUUUGUAACCCAGGCUGGCCCACAAUUCAGACUUUCCCUUGCCUCUGCCUACCAAAUGCUGGCAUUAAAGGCAUGUACCACCAUACCUGGCUUUCAUUUGGCUUUUAUGAAAGCAGGAGACAUGGCCUGAUAAAUUUCUGAUGACAAUCAUCUUUAUUCUGUGACCACUGGUCUUGGGGUGCUGUAAAAGUCCACUCAGUAACACCUUCUGUUGGUCACGAAGGAAUCCAUAUAUGUGACUUCUGUUUGGAUAACUAAUGCAUAUCUUUUAAGUGCCAAAAUUUUGAAUUUUCAGUUAUUUUUUUGAUGCAAGUCUCCUUAGGAAUGGUAGUCUACCUCCCUGCUUUUUUAAACAGUAUGCUCAGUCUAAUUUACUUCAUCAUGAAGUUAUAUUCAUGAUGUUUUAUUCCAAAUACCCAAUGAGGUCUGAUACACGUAAAACAUUUCAUAGAACACAAAGGGCUAUAACAAAUGCGAGGAAUGUCCCUUAGUAAGUGAUUCCCUCAACGAUGUUAUUAUUUCCCUCAUUAUUAGCUUUAAAAAGUGUUUCAUGUCUGCAAAGUAAUGUAUUCAAUCAGUUUGCCUGUUUCUAACAGGCUCCCACUUUCUUCUGUGCUGUCUUCAAGUUAUGGGCUGUGACAUGAACUAACCAGUUCUGGUCAGUACCUACAAAAUAACUGGACAAAAGCUCCCAGUUAAAGGUGGAGCUACUUGAACCAAGUAAGGGAAGUAAGUAUACUCAGGCUGCUGCUGGAUUAAGAACUAGCUGAACUGAAGUAGUCUGGUGAUGACUAAGGCUCUGCCUCUGCAGGGGGUCCUUCAUGCUUCUAAGAACAAAGAAGAGUGCAGAAGAGGAAGGAAGGAAAAGGAAAAUCCAGGUAGGCUGAAGACUCUGGGAGAUGGCACCAAACAACCAUUAAAAUGUAUUCUUGAUUACUAUGUUAAAAGUCAGUUUAGUGACACUGUAGAGUAAGACUGAAGUACAUCCUCUAGAAAACUCCAGACUGCGUCAGUCCUGAGAACUGCUCCCCUUCAAAUGGUAAUGGAAGUCAGCACCAAGAGGAAACUCUCCAGUUUGCCUGUACGUUGCUGUCUCGAGUUGUAAAUAACCUGAGAGAGGUUUAAUCAAAAGUCCCAAGGCCUGGAGAGAUGGCUCAGCAGUUAAGAGCACUGACUGCUCUUCCAGAGGUCCUGAGUUUAAUUCCCAGCAACCACAUGGUGGCUCACAACCACCUGUAAUGGGAUCCAAUGCCCUCUUCCAGUGUGUCUGAAGACAGCUACAAUGUACUCACAUAAUUAAUUAAAAAAAAAAAAGUCGAAAGGAGUACAUCUCAUGUAGACAUCUUUUGAAUGUAUGUAUAUAUAAAUGUCACUAUAAGUGAUGCUUACCCCCAAGAAUAAUAAAGUAACAUUCAGGAUUUAGAUCUGGUCCCAAUCUGUACUUUCCCCUAUACAAAGAAUAGGGGAAUUUUAUUUUAAAUUUGGCUACAUCCUUCAUUUCCAAACUCUGUUAUUUUUUUUGGGGGGGGGGAGGGACCAAACUUUAGGUUUGUAUUUUUGGCAAGCUUGAAAUAUUCUAGUUAAUUUGCUGUCAACCAGAACACUCUCUUAGCAGGUUCUAAGGUGCUGUUGGUUCUUCUGCUAGACUGUGCGCUCCUUGAGGGCAGGGCUAUCUUUAUUCUUGUAUCCACGGUGCCUGGGGUAGUAUCUGACAGAGUAGUUGUUCAAUAAACAUCUGUUGAAUGAA